AUGGCGAAUAGUAGUAAAACUGAGAGUGAGAGUGGCCGGAAUCGGAAAUUGCUUCUGGGAAUUGGGUAUUGGGUGCAGGGUUUGAGGUGCUUCCCAUGGAUGGCUAUUAAUUUCUUCCUAAAAGAUGGUAUGAGAUUGGAGUCUUCCACUCUGCAGAUUCUUCAGAACUCGGCUAAUCUGCCCAUGGUGGCUAAGCCCUUUUACGGCAUAAUCUCAGAUUCCGUCUACGUUUUUGGCCAACAUCGUGUUCCCUAUAUAGCCCUCGGAGCAUUUUUACAAGCAGUGUCAUGGAUAGCCAUAGCAAUAUCUGCCUCGUCCGGCAUCUCCUUCUUGUCAAUCACAUUCUACCUUCUCCUCGGGAACCUUGGCGCGUCCAUAGCUGAGGUCGCUAAUGAUGCUAUUGUAGCCGAGACUUCACGCCAUCCCUCCUCCGGCGAACUCCAGUCUUUCGUCUGGAUGGCCUCCUCUGCCGGGGGCAUUUUGGGAAACCUCAUUGGCGGGGCAGCCAUCAAUCAAUUCUCCCCGAGGACAAAGUUUUUCUUCUUCUCCAUUCUUCUCUGUUUUCAGUUCCUAGUCACGUUGUUCGUCCGCGAAAGCUCCCUGAACCUGCCAAAAAGCCAGUCAAAAGUCGAAAUCAAGAAGCAGAUACAACAACUCCUUGUGGCUCUCGGCAGACCUGAGAUACUUUACUCGAUUAUUUGGUUUGCAUUUUCGUAUGCAGUUAUCCCUGCACUCACGGGCACCAUGUUCUACUACCAGACGCAAAAUUUGAAAAUUGACUCCUCGCUGCUCGGUUUAUCCAAGGUUUUCGGGCAGAUGGCCAUGCUGCUGUGGGGGGCAGUCUACAACUCCCGCCUCAAGUCAAUUUCGUCCCGAAAACUGAUCAUGGCCGUCCAGGUUUCCAUGUCUGUUCUCAUGAUGUCUGAUUUCUUGUUCGUGAAGGGGGUUUACAGGGAGAUUGGGCUCCCAGACUCUGUCUAUGUUGUGGUAUUCUCGGGCCUUCUCGAGGUUUUGUAUUUUUUCAAGAUUCUGCCUUUCAGUGUCUUGGUGGCCAAGCUGUGCCCGCCGGGCUGCGAGGGCUCGGUUAUGGCCUUUGUGAUGUCGGCUUUUGCUUUAGCGCUGAUUGUGAGUGGGUACCUUGGUGUUGCCCUGGCAGCUUUUGUUGGGGUUGAUGGGGAUGAUUUUUCGGGCCUGCCUUUGGGGCUGCUGAUACAGGCAGCGUGCACGCUUUUGCCCGUGUUUUGGGUGUCGUUUGUUCCGGAGGAGGCCGAACCCAAACUGAACUUGAAGGAGAAUUAA